AUGAUUUUGGGAUUGAUUAAUGAGAUCCAACAAUAUCUCGAUGCGAGGUAUAUUGGACCACCAGAAGCUGCUUGGCAAAUAUUCGGUCAUCAUUUGCAUGCAGAGGUGCCAACAGUUGUUCACUUAGCACUUCAUCUACCUGAAAUGCAUCGUGUUCUUUUCAAUCCUAAUGAUUCAUUGGAAAUGACUCUUUCUAUAGCUGCGCAAGAAAAAUUGACUCUUACUGUCUUUGAAAGUAAAGGGACUAUUUUCUUUUUGAAUAAGGGUGCCGCAACGGGAAAAACAUUUUUGUAUAAUACGAUUACAUUAAAAUGUCGCAGCCUUGGCCAUAUUGUUGUUACCGUUGCUUCAUUUGGAAUUGCAUCAUUGCUAUUAGUAGGAGGUCGCACUGCACAUUCAACAUUUUUCAUUCCAUUAGAUGUCUUGGAAAAUUCAGUUUGUGGGUUUAGAAAGCAAUCAUUAUACGUUGAAUUGUUUAGAGAAACAAAACUCAUAAUUUGGGAUGAAGUUCCUAUGCAACAAAGACAUUGUGUUAAGGCGGUUGAUCGCACACUUCGAGAUAUUUGUGAUAGUGAAAAGCCAUUUGGGCGUAUCACUGUUGUUCUUGGUGGAGACUUUCGACAAAUCUUACCAGUUAUAAUCAAACGAGUUCGUGAACAAAUUGUGAAUGCGUUAUUAAGACAUUCUAUUUUGUGGAAGGAUCUACAUGUUUUAUCUUUAGAUUUCAAUAUGCGCUUGAAUCAUGCAAACCUUGGAAAUGCUAUUUUUGCAAAAUUCUUGACGAAGAUUGGGACCAAUCCGCAAGAAAUCAUUAAAAUUCCAUCAACAAUACACAAAUGCCAGGAUCUAACAGAAUUACUCUCAGCAAUUUAUCCACAUUUAGAUGUGGUGGAUGCAUCAACCCCAUCAUUCUUAACUGAACGCACCAUUCUUUCAGCACGAAAUGAUGAUGUCAGUGCUAUCAAUAAUGCUGCAUUGAAUAUUUUUUCAGGGAAUACAUAUGCGUAUCUUGUUGCAGAUAAGAUAGCUGAAAAUGAUGAAAUUGAUCUUUCUAUUACAAACAAAUAUCCUAAUGAGUAUUUAAAUUCAUUAGAUCCUCCUGGGCUACCAGCUUUUAAGGUAUAG